AUGCAGAAGCGCAAAGACUUCGAUCCCUCCGCCGCUCCCGGGACCGAGGGCUCGUCCGAACCCGGCACACCGCAACAGCUAUCCCCCGAGCCGGCUCUCGACACGUCCAAGCGCAUGCCGUCCCUCCGUUCCGUUUCCGACCCUCCCAACAUGAACCCCAACUCCACGCCGCGCGGCGUCUUGGGCGCCGCCCGCAAUCCCGUCUCCCCCUCGUCCUCCUUUGGGGCCGGCGGCAUGGACAACAGCAUCAUGGCCAGGGCGAGAGCCCUCCACCAGGAGCGCAUGCAGAAGGGUCAGCCGCCCACCGUCCAAUCGUCCCCCUCGUCCGCGCCCGCCGCUUCCAACGGCUUCCCGGGUAACCUCCAGAUGCCCCGGGGCAUGCAGCGCCCUGGUCCGGGCCCGCACCUGAACUCCGCGCCCUCGCUCCCGGCCUCGCUCAGCCAACGGAGGGCCAACAGGAUGGGCCCCGGCAUGGGCAUGAAGCUCGACAUGGGCUCCUCCUCUCCCGGCCUCAAGCUUUCCGACAUCACCGGCGGCGAGGCCGCCGACGGCAAGCAGCCCGGCUCGGGGCCCGGCUCCAAGAUGGAAGACUACAAGCGAUACAUUGACGCCGAGAAAGGCUGGAUCACCUUUGACGGCGCCGCCACCAUCACGAGCACGGGCGUCAGCUUCGCAAACGGCCAAACCUUCAAGAUCUCCUUGGAUGAGAUCGAGAAGCUCGACGAGCUCGGCAAGGGCAACUACGGCACCGUCUACAAGGUAAAGCACGCCAAGCCGGCCGCCCCCCGCUUCGGCCCAGGUCUGUCGGGCGCCCGAUUGCAGCAGGGCAAGCCGGACCCGUCCCAGCCGGCCAUCGUCGAUCGAGCCCGCAGCGGCUCCAUCAGAAACACCACCGGCAAAGUGAUGGCCAUGAAGGAGAUUCGGCUCGAGCUGGACGACGCCAAGUUUACGACGAUUCUCAAGGAGCUCGUCAUCCUGCACGAGUGCCUCUCGCCCCACAUCAUCGAGUUUUACGGUGCCUUCUUCCAGGAGGGCGCCGUGUAUAUCUGCAUCGAAUACAUGGAUGGUGGCUCCAUCGACAAGCUGUACGAGGGCGGCAUCCCCGAGAGCAUCGUGCGCAAAAUCACCUACUCGACCGUCAUGGGCCUCAAGACGUUGAAGGACGACCACAACAUCAUCCACCGCGACGUCAAGCCGACCAACAUCCUGGCCAACACGAGAGGGCAGAUCAAGAUCUGCGACUUUGGUGUCAGCGGCAACCUCGUCGCGAGCAUCGCCAAGACCAACAUUGGCUGCCAGAGCUACAUGGCGCCCGAGCGCAUCUCGGGCGGCGGCAUGACGCACGGCAACGCCGACGGUACCUACAGCGUGCAGAGCGAUGUUUGGAGCUUGGGUUUGACCAUUAUCGAGUGCGCCACCGGCCGGUAUCCCUACCCGCCGGAGGUGUCGUCCACCAUUUUCAGCCAGCUCAAUGCCAUCGUCGAGGGCGAACCACCCGGUCUUCCCCAGGAGGGGUACUCGGACCUGGCGCGCGACUUUGUCAAGAGCUGCCUGCACAAGGUUCCCAAGAAGAGGCCGACGUACGCGAUGCUGCUGCAGCAUCCGUGGAUGGCGCCCUUCUCCAAACCCGCCACCAUCACGGAGGAGGACGAGGAGGGAGAGGGGGCCGACAUGGCGGCCGAGGCGGUCGGCAAGCUGCAGCUGUCGUCGGCCAGCGAGGAUCCAGAGGUUGCCCAGUGGGUGACGUCGGUGCUGCGUCGGAAACUGGAAAGCGGCGACGCCGGCGGUUCGCUCCGCCCGGCGCUGCAUGCCGCGCCCCUUGAUUCGGUCAGUCCGCUAGCAAGUCCGUUGCCCGGCACGUGA